AUGCUUUUCACGAACAAUCUCUGCAUUCCUUAUCGCUACAGCCACCGAGCGAUACUUGACCAGGGGGAGAGCGAUGCAAAAACCUUAGGGUAUCUUGAAUUUCACAGACUACAAGAACCCUGGCAGGGUGUUACGAGGCUUCGGGAGAUCAGCAAAAUGCGUUCUAAUGUACUGUUGCUGGGUACUGCUGUUCUUGAAUUGCCAUACCAUGGUGACAAACGGUGCGCUGCAUUCGGUGCAGGCCAAUGCAUCACUUGUUCUACGCUGCCCGCGGCCGCAAAAUCAGGAGUAUGGAAAGUUUCUGGUGAAGGGCGUUUCAAUGGUGAGGCAGAGUUUAAGGGUACAGCAUCAAGUCGAAAGUUCAAGCUGCGAGCUCUCAAAAAGUUCAGGCUUUCUCAGCUCAUUCGCCCCUCCUCAUCACCCGCUGCGGCCAUCCUGAGCUCCCGGAUAUAUUUUUGGACAUACGGCAUAUCCAACUUACCCGCUGUGAUGACGGCCCGGAACAGAGAUCUCGAAGCUCCGGCAACUGGAGCUGCGUACCAGCAGCUCGGAACGCAGUUUACUGACCAAUCCCAGGGGUAA